AUGGGGGUGGCAAGGCUAGUGGUGGCAGCAUUGGUGACAGCGAGUCUAGUCACAGAGGCCGUUGUGGCUCAAUCCACCGAUGCCAUUCUGCGUCAACUCCAGGCCAACGGUGUCGAUAUUACCGCCUUAAACAUUACAAGCACAACGGUGCCACGAGCACAGAAAGGCUGCUCUAUUCUGACUUCCGCCCUGGUUAAAUUAUUUCCCAGUCAAACUCUUACCUCCAGGGAGGCCAGCUUUUCCAAUUGGACAGAAUCAUUCUGGUCUCAACAGCAAGAGGAGGUUACUCCGAAAUCAAUCUUCAAGCCAGCCUGCCCUAUCGAUGUCUCGUCAGCGGUGCUCUUGGCUGAAUUGUUCUCGUGUCCAUUUGCCGUGAAGAGUGGUGGGCAUGCUGCCUUUAGUGGCGCAUCCAAUAUCCAGGGAGGUCUCAGCAUCGACCUUAGUGGUUUGGAUAACAUAACUUUGAGUAGUGAUCAGACUGUCGCCUCUGUUGGUGCUGGUAAUGUCUGGGUCGAUGUUUAUAACUAUCUGGAACCAUAUGGCCUUUCUGUGAUCGGAGGCCGAGUCUCAACUAUUGGAGUUGGAGGACUAACAACGGGAGGCGGUAUAUCAUUCUUCUCUCAAGAAUAUGGAUGGGCUUGUGACAACGUUGUCAAUUACGAGGUUGUUCUCGCAUCUGGUAUCAUCGUCAAUGCAAACGUCAGCUCCUAUCCUGAUCUGUACUGGGCCUUGCGUGGUGGGGGUAAUAAUUUCGGCAUUGUAACUCGUUUUGAUCUCAGAACUCACGUCCAGGGCUCUCUGUGGAGUGGUUCGCUGAUAUAUUUACCCGAACAAAGCGAUGAGGCCAUUGAUGCGUUCUAUUACUACGGUGUGAACGCUGCUAGUGACUCCAAAUCGGCAGUGAUCAUGAAUUGGGCAUACACUCAAGGCAUGUUUUUCGCCGUUGCUGACCUUGAAUACGCAAACGCAACCAUCAACCCGCCAAUCUUCCAGAACUUCACUGCUAUUCCAGCAUACCAAAACACGAUGGAGGUUCGCACCCUGCCUGAAGUAACAGACAUGUUUCAGGUUGACAAUCCGGACGGCCUGCGCGAGAGCUAUUGGACUGCAACUUUCGCUUUGACCAAGGAAAUGAUCGCUUACUGUGUUGAGACAUUCGAGACUGAGGUAGUCCGUGCCGCCAACGCGACGGGUUAUCUUCCUGCCCUUGUUCUGCAGGUUAUUUCCACCGACGUGACAACUCAAAUGCAAAAGAACGGCGGCAACGCCCUCGGUCUUUCCCCCUCAGACGGUAACCUUCUCCUGCUCAAUCUUUCAUUCAUGUGGGGAGACAUUGCAGAUGACAACCUCAUCCUCAACAUCCUCGGCGCCAUCACGAGCAAGACAAUUGCCUACGCCAAGGCCAAUGGGUUGUACAAGGAGUACCUGUACAUGAACUACGCCAGCCAGUAUCAAGCUGUGAUCCCAUCAUACGGCACAGAGAACUUCAACAAGUUGAAGAGUGUGUCAGCUAAAUAUGAUCCCUACCAAGUCUUUCAAAAUCUGGAGCCUGGUUAUUUCAAACUGAGUGGCCAGGCACCCAACACGACGUACCCAAGUUAGAUGAGAUAACCGUCGAUUCUAUUUAACUACCAUGUACAUAGUACGCUCGAUUCAAAAAGUAAUAUUAUAUGCUAAUUUUGAAGAUAACAAGAUCAAUGAUUUAAAGAAUGCGAAAUUACCCGGCUUCAGACGCAC